GUUACUUAAGCCCAGCGUACAGAAACUUCAAUCUGAAUCCCGUUCUAGAUUGACUCGUAAGAAGUUUGUUCGUUUGGCUCGAGUUAUGCGGAUUUUUCCGAUCGUCAGUUGGGGUUUUGGAAGGAAAGAAAAGUGAUUGCUUUAUGUCCUCCACGUUGGCAAAACCAGAUCAGAUGGAUUAUGUGCAUCAUCGAAACGUGGAAGUAUGUACGUAUAAUGGAAUUGGAAUAACGGUGACACUUGUGCAAACAGUUGGGUGCCUCUGUUAGAUAUGACUAACUUCGACGGCAACAGUUACACCCAGUCUGCGCUAGAGCUCCAUCAUGAAGAGAUUAUUCGUCCUCAUUUCGCUGGGAGUGCAUUUAAAGUUCACGUACGGCGACGAGCCGAUGCGAGGUGAACUUAUUCAAAUACAGCAGAGUUUCCCGCUGGAUCAGCUAAGGAUACUACUUGCCGAAUACUUGGUGCAUGACCCCCAGUUUCGGCGAUCGAUCCAGUACAUGCGGAGUGUCGAGUUCGCCGAAGUGUGGAAUAGGUUCCUGAACAACGAUAAAGUUCAGGAAUGGUUGCAGUAUAUCGAAGAUGCAGGCCUGCCGGUGAACAAAGUGAUAGCAAUGUUCUCCGAUUUAACGGGAUCGAAGAAACCUGCAAGAUUUAGGAGAUUUAUCCAGAUACGGAAGGGUGGUUUAAGUGCGUUUGUCGACGAUGCGUUGAAAAUCGUUUCCUCCAGUAAUUUGGUGGACUUGCACGAAGCGAAGAAACAAUCGAAUCCACAGUACAAAGAGUUGAUGGACAAGUUGACUGCGCCAGAAUUCGGCCAAAUGAUGAAGGAAAUUGUCGAGGAUCCCGAAGUGAUAGCUAUUCAGAAGCAGGUUAAGAAGCACGGUAUUGAUAUUGAGAAACUGCUAGAUUUGUUUAAAACAUUUUUUGGCUGGAAACAGAUAUUUUGAAUUAAAUGUACGAUUGAUAGAAAAAUG